UCCAAAACCAUACUAUUUUUGAAAGAUAAAAUCAAAAUAAUGGCGUCGUUUUGUCGAUUUCUUCGUAAUUUUCAAUUUCACGCCUAAGAGUUCUAAUUUCACGCUGCCUCGAUCGUCUCUGUGACCCUCUCAUCUCGGCCUCUUAUCUCACGCCGUCGCCGGCGUUCAAUCGUCUUUUCUUCUCAGUCUCCAGCCGGUCUCUUCUUCUCAGAAGUCUCCGAUCGUCGCUCGGGAGACUCGGCCUUUCAUCUCACGCCGUCGCCGGCGUUCAAUCCCUCUCCUUUCCAGUCUUCGGCCGUCUUUCCUUCUCAGAAGUCUCUCAACCUCCGAUCGUCUCUCCUUCUCAGAAGUCUCCGAUCGUCGCUCGCACUUGGCUCUCCAUCAUAGUUGCGUUGAGUUGUGUUGCCGCCGGCUACGAUGUGUACAACUUUCCUCGAGGACAAAGUAAAUAACUUUGUUUUCUGCAUUGAAAGUUUUUGAUUUGAGUGUCGGUGAGGAAAUUCCAUCUUUUGAUUCAAGUAAUCAGAAAACUCAUAAGUUGUUAUUAUGGGCAAACCAGUAUCCCGGUCGGAUGUGAAAUCUAAAGCUGAACGCAAAUUUGAGAAGAAGGUCCAGUUUUAUGAGAGAGUUGGAGAAAGUAUUGCUACCUUGAAUGCUCAAAAGAGUAUAACUAAGAAGAAAAACCAUCGUAGACGUAAAAGAGACUUGAAGGCUUUUGAUCUUUCUACACUUUCAGAGUUUCUUCCUGGAUUGGAGGCGACAAAACAAAAACCUUCUGCAGCGGAGUUAAAACUAAAUUGCAAGUCUAGGCUAAAGUUCAUAUUGAAGGAGAGAAAGCAAAUGGGUACUGUUCUUAAUCACCCUGUGUUUCAGGCAGACCCAUUGAGAGCUGUUCAGCUACAUUUAGAGGGCACACAACCAAUUGAGGAACCGAAGAAAAAAAAGAUAAAUAAAAAUGGAAGCAAGAAAAGGAAAGAAAAGAAGUCGAAAGCCUUGGCAAGACCGUCAUCUAUGGAGAUGUGACUAAUCUCUCACCGGCAUUCUUUUGCCAUGUAAGCCUCUUUGGUAAAUACUUACGUGCUCAUUUUGAUCUAUUCAAUUAACUUGUUUGUUAUCAUUAACAAGUUGAUCUCGCUUGAUCUUUGAAUUUUGCGGUAGGCUAUUCUUGUUUUUGAAUGCAUAGGCAACCCAUCUUGAUUCGGGUUGUUUAUAGGUAGGAGCAGCUCCUCUUGAAACAUUGUCUUAAUAUUUUAAAUAUUAUCUUUGACUGAAAGAA